CUGAACAAGCUACACGACGCACCACAACGACAGAAAUUUAUUAGAAAAGCGUCUUACUACUUGCGUGCUGCUAAGCUUAUCAUCAUCACCAUCAUCAUCAUCAUCAUCAUCAUCUAUCUUGCUCGCCUUCAUCAUCAUCCUCGUUAUCGGCAUUAGCUUCACAGCGAAUCAGGUAGAAGUAUCUAGGUUAGAUCAAUGCCAGAGGCCUCGAGGAAGAGUCAAAGUGGAAAAGUGUUUUCGAGAGAAAAGGUCACAAUUCUCGCAUCAGGUUCUCUCAUCGAGUUCUUGUCAUCUCUUUCAGUCCAUUCUUUUAGAAAAACGAAUACUCACAUGAAAGAUCGUAAUCAUCAAGUUCUCAUAAAAGGAAAAUAGCGAGUUAUUUAUAGUUUUCCUCAUAUCCAUCCUAGGUUAGUCCCGCGAAUCAAUCAGCAAGUUCUAAAUCAGAGCUCUGAGAGCUGCUCAUGAGGAACUAAAGCGAGCAUUUGACGAAUUUUUGCACGUUUUUGCUUCGAAGGCCGCGGAGCAGUGCCAGGAACCUACUCUCGUCCCAAACUACGCUUAAGGCUAUCCACAUCAGCAUUAGAUGAAAGAUCCAUGAUCGGAUGGUAUCAGCAUUAGAUGAAAGAUCCAUGAUGACCAUGCGAUCUUUUUAUCCCUGAAGGCGUGAAGGCGACCAAAAGGUGUAGUGUCAGUAUCAGUAGAAAGUCCUAACGCAUACGGAAUGUAGUGAUAAAAGAAAGACUCUUGCUUUUAUCUCGUACCUAACCUAACCGGGAACUACAAAAAAAUAGAAGUAUAGACCAGGUCAGUACUCAGUAGAGAUUAAUGGAGAACUUAUCGAGAAUCCUGUAGUCUAAGCCAGGAAGUAGCAUGUAGUUUCGAAGGAUCAUUGAUACUAGCGCUAAUCUGAAAAACCAGCGCACAAGAAAUACCUCGAAGCUUACAAGGACUUUCCGUGGUGGGUUUGAGCUAGCGUUGCGGAGCAAUAAAAGGGAUUGGAUCAAUGAGAAGGGGUGGAGCGAUAAGAAGAAUGCAUUUACAAAUAAAUGCACUCCAGGACUGGACCAGGAAGAAGAUCAUGGACAUGGAUGUUGGGUGUGAAACUAGUGUCGUUUAUUUUCAUUUUGAAAAUAUAGAGUAGAAGAUAGGACUGUGUAUUUCUCCAGAGGUGAAGUAAAUAGACAGGUAAUCUAGAACUAGAAGAGCAAAAGUUUUCUUCUUCUUGAUGAGUCUGUGACUCUUCCAGUGUAGUAAGGUGUAACGAGAAGUAGAGUAAAGGUCUGCUCAAUAGACAAUAGUACAAGUCUAACAAGUUGUGGGUAAAAUAAAUCGAGGAGUUUUACUACUACUAAGAUAGUACAACUUGUUUCACGAGGACUAGAUGAGCAAGAAGCACAAGAUCAAGAACUAGAAGAACAUUUAUUCUAAAAGUCAGCAGCUAUACUACGCAUCUAGGCCACUUCGGUGAAGUCUAAAAAUUGGAAUUUGCCACCAGCUGAACGCUUGUUGAGUAUGCGUUACUUGGGAGCUAGCCUGCUAGAACUUCUAUGUAAUACAGGAGCUCCUUAGGUACUCAUGUACGGAUCAUCUGGAUCCUAAGAGGUUGUACCACUACCAGGGAGUCCUAAGGCCGCGGCUAAGGAUGAGCUGUGUUGUUGUGCCUGAUAAAUAGUUGUAGAUUGAGUCAAAGGCAGUUGAGGGACAAUCUUCAAACAUUAUCAGAUUUAUUAGGUGUAGUUCAGGACCAUAAAGGACUACUUCUACGUUGUGAAGAUUACAACUCAAAGAACACAACAACAAGGCUCAACAAUGAUAGCCAAAUAGUGGCCCUACUAGGAAAAAAAGUAAAAGCAUAUGCACAAUGCUGAAAAAGUCGUAAAAGCACAAUCAUGCAACCGUAGAAUUAUUGAAAGCUGUGAAAAGUGUGAUCGUUGAAUUAUUUGGAAGAGGUUCGUUGUUUAGUUCGGGAUCGGGACAAGAGUAAGGGAUCAAGCUUGAUCAUUACUACUUUUACUAGAAUUAACACAAUGAAAAUAGUGUCCACUUGUUCUUUAUCGUGUACUAGUUUUUCCUCUGCUCUUCAUUCAUCUGGAAGGGCCAGGAUGCAACUACAACAUGGAUGUUAGAGGUUGAUAACUACUUCAUAAUGCUGCAGAUGUUAGAGGUUUAUAUAAGAUGAGGCGCAACUGCAAACAAGAAGAUUUACUUAUUCUGAAGGAGGAGGAAAACGCCGUUAUGACAAAUGCACCAAAGGCAAAGACAUGAUGUUGAAGAAGGUAGCGCUUACUUGGUGAACACUUAGUACGACAUUACAACAACUUCUAGCUUAUAGAUAUAUUUAUAGGUACUAAUAUAGUGUUGGAAGGGUCUUUCAUCUUCGUGAUGUAAGGCCAAAUCAAAUCAUUCAAAUAUGGAGAAGAUGGUCGUCCAGCAUAAUGAUUAGAUUUGGUGGACCAUGGGAUUUCAGAAAUACCAGUUUCAUUCAUGUUGAUGAUUCUGAGUAUUAAAUAAACCCUGGGCAAUCAAUGAAGAUGCUCAUUAUGGUUCAUUUGCUUACGCGCAGAAACUGAACGCUCCACCUCUUGAUGUGUCAUGCCUAUUAUACGUUUACGACGACAAUGUCAGCGCGGCUUGAAUUAGGGUGUCUCUGGG